AUGGCAGCCGAUGAGGAAGACGUAGAUGACUAUAUCGAAGACGAGGAAGCUGAACCCGAGUUGCCCUAUGACUAUGGCGAUGACUAUGAGGGUGAGGAACUUCAGGAAGAGUCAGAGGAGCUGAAAGAGUCCGUUCCUGAAACAGAGAUCGAUGCCGAAGUACUCCCUGACGGGGAGCAGGAGCAAAAGCCAACGAUAUACGCUGGGGACAAUGAGAAGGUUGCUCGAGAAUCAAGCCACUGGAGCAAAGACCAGUCGGACCUAAAGAAUAGAGUGACGACUCCUUUCCUGACCAAGUACGAACGCGCACGCGUGCUUGGCGCGCGUGCUCUGCAGAUCAGUUUGGGAGCCCCCGUGCUGGUUGACCUCGAGGGUGAAAGCGAUCCACUGCUGAUAGCGGAGAAAGAACUUCGUGCAAAGAAGAUACCGUUGAAGAUUCGACGACACUUGCCGAACGGCGCGUACGAGGACUGGAGCGUCAACGAGCUUACGAGCGAUUGA